AUGAGACGGCCCACCGCCAUAAUACUUCUCUUGACCUGCACCGUAGUGACGGCCCAGCUCAGAUCCCUCCCCGUCGAACGCUCCGGCCUCAACGGAUACGCACCCCGCUUCUUCCGCCAGAAACCCAUCGUAGAAUCCGUAGACCCCGCCCCCGGUCCAGCCAUGCCACCACCGCUGCCCUCAGACCCCCCCUCCUCUUCCGGCCCGGGCCAAGACGGAGGAGGAGGAGGCGUGAGGCUCUCCGACGUAAUGGGCCGUGACCGGAGUAUCAACGUCUUCGCCGGCUUCACGCGCGACAUCGAAUCCGCCUCGCGCCGCCUCGACGACCAAGGGCGCAACACCACCGUGCUGGCGCCCCUCAACUCGGCCGUCGAGAAGCUGCCGCGGAAACCGUGGGAGGAUCCCCGCGACUACCAGCAGCUCGGCGCCGACGCCUACGAGGGCGACGACGGCAGGGAUAAGGCGCAGAGGAACAUUCAGCGGUUUGUUGAGGCGCACAUGGUUGGCGUGAGCCCGUGGCCUGAGAAUACAAAGGCCAAGACGAUUGGUGAUGAUAGGGAUGUGUGGUGGGAGACCAAAGACGGUGUUAAGUUCAUCCAGCCUGGUAAUAUUGAGGUAGUAAGUGUGGCGAGUACUGUUGCCAAUGGCGAAGUGUGGAUUAUCAAGGAGGUACGGAACUAUGCCUAA